UCGGCUUAGAGUUUCUAUCAAAACUUUACAGUCGGUAUUUAGGAAGUUUAGGCGUUCAGCAGUGAGCACUUGGAGGAACAUGGUGUGUGAGCGUGAAGUAGACUUAGUUAAGUCUGUACCCAGUGCUGUAUUCAGUAAGGUUAUAGUUUUAGCGGUGUUUCUCAGCAUAAACCUCACGGGUUGUGACUGUGAACGGAUCACUCCAGAGAGAUGUCUCGUCUGGGGUCCAGGGCUGAACCCCGACAUAGUUUUACCAGUCCGGUACUUCAUUAUUCAGGCGGUCAGUUCAAACGGAGAAAACCUGACUGUGUCUCCAGGUGCGGACACAUUUAAAGUGAGGAUAAGUCCGCUGGACAAGAAGGAGCACAUCCGCAUCCACGUCCCUCCACCUUUGGACAGACGAGACGGCUCCUUCCUGGUCAGGUACCGGCUCUACGGGACUGUGCUGAAGGGCCUGAAGGUGGAGGUCCUCCACCAAGAUGCUGCUGUCGCCAAGUCACCCUACACCAUCCAAGGUCCGGUCUAUCAUGAAUACUGCAACUGUCCAGAACCCGAUGCCUCCACCUGGCAGAGCGCCAUGCAGUGUCCUGCUGAGGAGCCUCAGAUUCUGGCGGACUUUAAAUCCUUUCCAGCAGUCGACCUGCAGCGUCUCAGACAGGAAGUGCCUCACAGAUUCGUCAACAGAGGAGGCCUCAUUCACUACGCUAUCAUCAACAACCAGCUGUACCGCCGCACUUUGGGAAAAUACACCGACUUCAAGAUGUUCUCUGAUGAAAUGCUGCUCUCUCUAAUGAGAAAGGUGAGGGUGCCUGAUGUGGAGUUUUACAUCAAUGUCGGCGACUGGCCUUUAGAGACCAGGAGAACGGACCCUGUUCCAGUGUUGUCGUGGUGUGGCUCUACAGACACACGGGACAUUGUCCUCCCAACUUAUGAGGUCACACACUCCACCCUGGAGACCAUGAGAGGUGUCACCAAUGACCUGCUGUCUGUCCAGGGAAACACAGGUCCUCCUUGGAUUAACAAGACAGAUCGGGCAUUUUUCCGUGGCCGAGACAGUCGAGAGGAGCGUCUUCAUCUGGUCUCUCUGUCCAAGGAAAACCCCGAGCUGCUGGAUGCAGGCAUCACAGGAUGGUUCUUCUUCAGAGACAGGGAGAAACAAGUCGGCAAAGCGCCGCUUGUUGGAUUCUUUGACUUCUUCAAGUACAAGUACCAGGUGAACGUGGAUGGAACAGUGGCAGCGUAUCGCUUUCCUUACCUGAUGCUUGGGAGCAGUCUGGUUCUAAAGCAGGACUCACAGUAUUAUGAAUAUUUCUACAGCCAACUUAAAGCAGGCACUCACUACGUGCCCGUGAAGAGAAACCUGUCAGACCUGUUGGAGAAAAUCAAAUGGGCCAAAGAGAACAACGCUGAGGCGCAAAAGAUCGCCAGAGCGGGUCAGACGCUGGCCAGAGAGCUGCUGCAGCCCAGCAGACUGUACUGUUACUACUACAGAGUGCUGCACAUGUACUCAGAGCGGCAGACAGGACAGCCAACACGACAUGCAGACAUGGAGGUGGUGCCGCAGCCGGACGACCACACUGCGGUGUGUACGUGUGAGCGGAAAAGCCACAAAGAAGAAACCAGCGUGAAAGAUGAACUAUGAUGGAGUCCGUCUAGAGUUCUUAGUUAUUGUCAUUUUUUCUUUGAAACAUUCCUGACAUGUAAAGCCCGAGGAUAAUAAUAAUAAUAAUAAUAAUAAUAAUAUGUUCCUGAUGCUCACAAGAAAAUGUGAAUUUCACUGUUUACAACUACGCAUUUCAAUUCAAAUUGUUGCUUUUAUUGUGGACAGUAAAGGAAGUUUGAGGACUGAUCUGCAAUAAAAACUCUGUCCAUUUCAAGACGAGGCUGCAGGACACUGCCCUCAAAAUGAUAAUACCACUCUUAGUUUUUACCUGUGUGUUGUGUCCUUUGUAAAGCUGUUAGUAAUGCAAGAAACUGAGGAUAUAUUUGCUGUUUUGUACACGUGCCUUUGCAUUUUUACAGUAUUAUCUUAAAAUAAAUCCAU